AUGUUCAUAAGAAACAAUUAUGUUUGCCAUGCAAAAAAAUUUAUCAAGUAUAGUCCUGAGAAACUUUGGUAUAUUGCAUGUCUAGUACGAGGUAUGUCUGUGGAUGAAGCCAUUAAACAAUUGAGCUUUUUACUGAAAAAGUGAUCUCUAUGUGUGAGGGAAGCAAUUGAAGAAGCACGAGAACUGGCUGUUGAACAACACAAUGUUGAAUUUAGAAGCAAUCUGUGGGUUGCUGAGUCAUUUGUUGGUAAAGCGCAUACUAUCAAAGGUUUACGGCGUCAUGCAAGACUAAGGCAAGGGAUAAUUGAAUAUAAAUAUUGCCAUUACUUUGUUAGAUUAGAAAAAGGGCCACCACCAAAAUAUUAUUAUAAGACUCCAAAGACACCACAAGAACAAUUAGACGAGUGGGUAGAGCAAAUGCGCAAGAGGAAAAUUAUUAAUUCUUUAUAAUUGCUUGCACUUAUACCCUUUGAAUCAGGAGCAUGAUAACAUCUUCAUAUUAGAUUUAUUAAUAAGACACUUUUAGUAU